AUGCCAACCACCACAAGCCCCCUCCCCACCCCAACCUAUCCCAUCUACGGCACCAAUGGGCCCCGAACAAGCUGGCAUGACGGCCUCAUCGCCAUCAUCGUCUUCUCCGCCUUGACCGGCGUUGUCCUAUCCAUAGCUUGUCUGAAAUGCUACCUCCGGCGACGCCAAACAACCAAAACGAGACGAGAAGCUCAGGAGCGGCAGCAGGAGUUUGAGUAUCUGCGUGGUGUCAGAAACGGGCUGCUAGUUGAGUUGGUCCAACCGCAAACACUUAGACGGCUGUUAGAGGUUGUCUUGAAAGAAGUCUUGGAUGCAGGAACGAAUAGGAUCGAAAAUCGUCUCGCUUGUUUCAGUGAGAUUCCCGAUCUGGUCGGUCGCGAGAAAUCAGAAUCGCUCGUCUGCUCCGCUAGAUCGAUAUCAAAUUAG